UAGAUUUAUAUAUUAGGUGUUUAUUCCACCAUUAAUCAGCUGCAUCCUUCCUGGGUUUCUUUGCAGGUAUUGAAGGUUACACGAUGGUGCCGUCAGUACGAGCCCUGGAGACACUUCACAAUGCCCUUACGCUCAGCGAUGUCAAUAGUUUCUUGCAGAAAGCCAUGUCAAUAGGCUUCAACACCCCAGCUUCGUCGCCGCCCAAUGAAGCCUCCCUAUCAUCUUCCCAGAGGCCUUCAAUUGUACCCUUGGGUGUCCUACACAAAGCUCAGAGCCUGUCGUCGUCAACCAAUUCCAGUGCCGGACCCUCGUCGCCAACUUCCUGUUCCACACCCGUCGACCUCUGGCAGAGACUCACCAUGUUCAUCAGUGACAACCAGAACCUCAACAUUCCGGCUACCACUGACGCCGUCUCUCUCAGUGGCAGCGGCGACCCGUCCGAAUUUAGUAAAGAUCCAUCUUGAAGUCAAAAGAAGGAAGAAAGAAAGAAAGAAGCAACAACACUGGAGACCUCAACGUGCAUCUCUACAUUUCUUCCCCUUCUUUCUUUGUUUUUUGUUUGGUAUUCUGUGUUGAGAAGGGUUUAGUGUGGUGGCGGGUAAACUGGAUCUCAGGUCUCUGUCUCUAAGCCCUCCCCCAUUUUUGCCUCAUCACCUAUCACAUUACUGCUGCUACUACUACUACUACUCACCACUUACAGACACACUAUGAACCGUUAAGGGUGGUAUGUCCUGUGCAGUGUGUUUGGACUGAACUGUAUUAGAUUCAGAAUUGUUUUGUGCAUAUCACAGAUUCUUUGAACGACAUUCCCUGCUUCCACCACCGCUGCCUCCUCCGCCACCAUCCCCCUUGCCCCCCCCCCCCCCGGCCCCCUUAGUGCUUCCUCGCCAUCUGCACCCUCGUCCCCCCACCCCUUCUGUUUAACCUGCCCAUACUGACAAUCAUGGCCCACCACAGAUUCUUCGUUGACGGACACUGCGCCAGUUUGUUCAACCAAUUUUAAGAUUUGGCAAAAAGAUACACUUACACAAACCUACGGUGACAACACACACACACACACACAUGCAUAUAAACACAUACACACACUUGUGAUUAUGGAAUUCUUUACACUGUGAUAUAUAUGUGCCUCUGUGUUUACAUGUGUGUAUAUAUAUAUAUGUAUGUAUAUAUCUGCCUAUAUACAUAUAUGUAUGUGUGUACAUGUAGAUAAUUGUUAUUUGUAAUUAUAACGAGAAUUGUAUAUCAAUACAGAAUCUUAUUUUUCCUU